GAGACAAAACACACGUAAAGGCAUUCUGCUUGGUUUAUAUCCCAAUAAACAAAAAGCCGGUGUUCUUGGAAUGUCAUACGGCAAAGGAGCUUUGAGAAGAUCUAUAACUUACAUCCAGGACCCAGUCACCGUUCGACAACUCCGCCAUACAUGGAACACAACAAUGGAAACAGAGGCGAGACAGUUGGGUAUAUCGCAUGAAGUCUAGAGGGGACAUAUACACCCUAUGUAACAGCUUGAGAGCUGUUCCCGCGCUUCUUCUCCUGAAUGAUCCCCCCAAGGAUGGACGAGGACAGGAAGGAGAUGAGAAUAUUACACUUCACCUUGGAGAUCCUCCACCUGCUGACCGGAGAGGAUUACACCAUAGUGAAGAAGACAUGGGAUGAGUGUGUGGCCCCCAGCAGCCAUAUUUAUGAGCCAGGAGGAUGGAGCCGGGGCCCCAUCAAGGAGCCUUCACCUCACUCAUUGAUACAUGCGCAGAAGAUCCUAGAACUCAUUCACAAGAUCACAGAGCUUCUAUCUGGAGAGGUUCCUAUAAGGUGUCAGGACGUGGCGGUCUAUUUCUCCAUGGAGGAGUGGGAGUAUGUAGAAGGACACAAGGAUCAGUACAAGGAUCAGGUGAUGAUGGAGGAUCAGUAUAAGGAUCAGGUGAUGAUGGAGGAUCAGUACAAGGAUCAGGUCAUAAUGGAGGAUCAGCAGCCCCUCACAUCACCAGAUGGAGUCAUGGAUAGAAAUCCACCCGAGAGGUGUCCCCGUCCUCUGUAUUCCCAGGACUGUCCAGAGGGAAAUGUCCCAGAGAACCAUCAGGGAGGAGAUCUGACUAAUAAUAAAGUGGAGGAUGAAGAAGAGAGGAUGAUGGGCGAUCACCCGUGUAUGAGGGAAGUGAAGGAGGAAAUUCCAAGAAGUGUUACCCCAGAUGGAGUCAUGGAUAGAAAUCCACCCGAGAGGUGUCCCCGUCCUCUGUAUUCCCAGGACCGUUCAGAGGGAAAUGUCCCAGAGCACCAGGGAAAUGUCCCAGAGAUCCAUAAGGGAGGAGAUCUGACAAAUAUUAAAAUGGAGGAUGAAGAAGAGAGGAUAAUGGACCAUCACCCCUGUAUGAGGGAAGUGAAGGAGGAAAUUCCAGAAGGUGUUACCCCAGAAGAUCCCAUUGAGAACGUCUGGGGAAACUUUAUAUUAUCCCCAAAUUUUAAAGUAGAAGAUGAAGAUAUUACACCGCACUUCUCAGGAGAUAACCUUUUUACGCAUAAUGUGCAUCCAGGGUUUUACGGUACAGAUCUAUUAUAUCCUAAUCCCUAUUAUCUUGAGGAACCAUCUUCUUACCAACCACAGAUUGUUACCGCAAAGACAGAUCCAAAAAGUGGUAAAAGUUUUUUUUGUGAUGUGUGUGGAAGAACGUUUACAUCAAAAUCGGCUCUAGUUAGGCACCGAAAAAUCCACACAGGAGAGAAGCUGUAUACAUGUUCCGAAUGUGGGAAAUGUUUAACAAGUAAAUUUAGCCUUAUUAAACAUGAAAGAAUUCACACAGGAGAGAAGCCAUAUUCAUGUUCAGAAUGUGGGAAAUGUUUUACAAGUAAAUCAUAUCUUGUGUUACAUGAGAAACUUCACACAGGGGAGAAUUCAUGUUCAGAAUGUGGGAAAAGUUUUACAAGUAAAUCAUAUCUUGUGUUGCAUGAGAAACGUCACAUAGGGGAGAACUUAUAUUCAUGUUCAGAAUGUGGGAAAGGUUUUACAAGUAAAUCCGAUAUUGUUAAACAUGAGAGAAUUCACACCGGAGAGAAACCAUACUCCUGUUCAGAAUGUGGGAAGUGUUUUGCACAAAAAUCAUGUCUUGUUAUACAUGAGAGACUACACAGAGGAGAGAAGCCAUAUGCAUGUUCAGAAUGUGGAAAAUGCUUUGCACACAAUUCAAAUCUUAUUAAACAUGUGAGAGGUCACACGGGAGAGAGGCCAUAUUCAUGUUCAGAAUGUGAAAAAUCUUUCCAACGUAAAUCCAAUCUUGUUAAACACAUGAGAACUCACACAGGUGAGAAGCCAUAUUCAUGUUCAGAAUGUGGAAAACAUUUUAAAAGUAAAUGCAAUCUUAAUCAUCAUGAGAGAAUUCACAGAGGAGAAAAGCCAUAUACAUGUUCAAAAUGUGGGAAGUGUUUAAAAAGUAAAUUUAGUCUUCUUAAACAUGAAAGAAUUCACACAAGAGCGAAGCCGCAUCCAUGUGCAGAAUGUGAAAAAUGUUUUAUAAAUCGAGCGCAACUUUCCAGACAUGAGAGAACUCACACAGGAGACAGAUAGGCAAAGCAGAAGCUAAAGCCCACAUAAGGUCUUGGUCAUCAGAAAACCUGGGGUCAUGUGACCUUUAUAGGUAACUCAUGAUAAUGGGUAAGUAAUAUGUAAUGUUAUUAUGUAUAAUUUAGUACUGUUUUAGCUCUACACUACAGUAUGAUUGGAUGAUUUAUAUGUAUUAUAUAUCCCAUAAGAAUGAUUGAUCUAUUACUAUGUAUUACCUUCUUGUAAUUUAUAUGAUAAAUAUUAGUGAUCGUAUGUCGUGUCAGUUCUGUCCGAUCAAGAUUAGUAUUCUGUAAUGUUACAAAUAAACCUUAGUCUUGGUUCACACCUAGUAUUAUGGUCAGUAUUUUUAGGUACCAAUUCAGCUCUGAAGUGUAUUUAAAAGUUACAUUUAAAGGGGUACUCCGGUGGAAAAAAAAAAAAAAAUUUUCUUUAAAUCAACUGGUGCCAGAAAGUUAAACAGAUUUGUAAAUUAAAAUGAAGAUAAAGGGGAUUCAGCUCACCUGUUCCACACAUGCACGGCCAGGCCAUGGCAUGACUAAGGGCCAAACGGCCUGAAACGCGUCGGCGUCUAGAGGUGCUCCAACCUUGCACACAUGCACUGUUGUCCUAGUGCUAAUUUUUUCUUCUGCUUGUCUAUGGACUUUUAAAGGGUACCUCUCAUCA